CGGAAGUUCUGCUUCCAAAUAAACAAAGAUGGAAUCUGGGCAGAGUGUGGAUGACAUGUUGGUGUGUUUGAUGUAUUUACAGAGUGUGGAUGACAUGUUGGUGUGUUUGAUGUCCAUGGGAUUCAGUUUUGAAGACGGACAGGAAGCAGUACAGAACGGACACCUUUCUGUUGAGAGAGCCGUGGAAUGGAUCCUUGCUGGCAAGCCUGGACAAACAAGCUCUGCUGGUGGACCGAGGCUUCAGUUACGGGCUGCAAAGCCAACGUUAGAAAACGACUCUAAUCCCUUUGUGAAUCCUCCUGUCCCCCUGACAACCGUGCCAGACUCUGCAUCCAGAUCAACCAAUCAAAAUACAGCUGCUGUUUCAACCGACCAAUCAAAACCUUCCAAAUCCCAUAGAUCAGACUCUGAUGAUAACCAAUCAGAGACCGUGAUAAGUAGGCUACAUUUGAGUGACAAGCAGAAGUGUGUCAGGGAUGACUUUGAAGCCAAACGCCGGAAGGAGGCUAGAGAUGAUGCGCUUAAAGAGAAGCAAAGGCGCAAACGUGAUCAUGAGAGAGUUCUAAAGGAAAUCGCUGAGGACAGGGAGAAGAAGAAGAUGACCAACCAGACCCCGGAGACGGUGACCAAGGACACCCUGGGGCCUGUAGCUGGUCCCUCAGCUGGCUCCCACCCCAAACAAACACCUGACAGGUGUCAGCUACAGAUCCGACUUCUGAGAGGAGACGUAGUAAAACAAUCGUACCCAGCAUCGGAACCAUUCAUAACUGUGUGGGAGUCGGUCACCAAACUGUGUCACUCCAGUGAUAUCGUGCUGAUACAGCCUUUUCCCCACCGAGAAUUCACGGCGGGGGAUUCCAAGUCCUCCCUUCUGGACCUACAGCUCACCCCAUCUGCGUCCCUGAUGGUGAAGAGGAAGGACGUCCCUCCCACACAUGGCCAAGACCAACAAUUACCUGCAGUAUCUUUACCAAGAUCAUUGGGUCAAGGUCAGCAUGCAUCGGGUCAAGGUCUAUUACAUUCUCCAUUAUCAAUACCACCUGUAGCAGCAGCAGAAAGGCAUGAUGAGGACAUGGUUGAAGAUGACGACAGUGACCGCGAGGAAGAGGAGGGACAUCCCUUUCACCAAGGAAUGCCCCCGGGAUUCCCCCCAGGGUUCGGGGGACUAGGUGGUCUAGGGGGACUACCCAUGAUGCCAGGGAUGCAUUUAGGGGGAGCUGGAAUGAAUCAGAACCAGGCGUUUGAGGGGGUAGGUCAACGGUUGGGGUACCCCCAUGAUGAGGAUGCCCAUCACAAUGUCCCUGCAGCUCAGUUAGCGGCUGAGAAGGCUCGUGAGAGAUUCGCCAGACCAGCUCCAGUCCCUGAGAGACAGGAAGUUCAGUUACCAGUAACCUUGACCUAUGAUGUAAACUCCUUGACCCAGCUGUGCAUGAACCACAUCGCCCAGCGGCUGACCCAGCAUGACCCCCGUCACCCUCUGUUGUCUCUCUCCGGGAUUUCUGAGGAUGUCGCACAAAAGAUCCUAACCUACCUGCUGAAGGAAAAACUACUCAAGCCUAAAGUCCUAAAUACAUUUAUUCCAUGUUUCUUAAGGAAGUUGAUCUUGGACUGUUACCCUUAUGCAACCAAUGAACUGCUUCAUGCUGUAAGGUAUCACUGCCAGCUACAGACACUUAGUUUGAAUUCAUGCUCCUUGAUAACCGAUGCUGGAUUGUUAGAGUUGACAAGUUUAAAAAAGCUGAAACACCUUAACCUCAGUGGAUGUCGACAACUCACCGACAAAUGUCUGGAGAUUGUAAAAGAGAUGCCGGGCCUGGUCUCUCUUAAUCUGGAUGGAACCGGAGUGACAGAGUCCGGAUUUAUCGGGAUAAUUCCAAGUCUUCCCGCCAGUCUACAAGUCCUGAAUCUGAACAGAAUGAACAUCACAGAGAAACUACUGACCCACCUUAAAGAUUUAGAGAACUUGAAGGUUCUGUGCCUGGAACACACAAAGAUUUGUGGGUUAUCUGGAGUAGAACAACUGAAGAGUUUGGAGACACUUGAUGUGUCACAGACAGACAUAGUAUCCGAGUCACUGCUGUGUAUGGGAGACAAUCUUUCGUGUCUGGGUAUAGCUAACACAGAGAGAGUGAAUGGAGACUUGGCCCUACAGUAUAUACAGAACAAUCUUACGUGCCUGGGUAUAGCUAACACAGAGAGAGUGAAUGGAGACUUGGCCCUACAGUAUAUACAGAGAUUGUCUCUGCGAUCCCUGAGCCUUCCAAGUAGACUUACCACCACAGACACUGGACUUCAGUUCAUCAGUCACAUGCCUUUAACCGAACUUGAUCUCACCAACUUCAUCAAUGUGGGGGACGACGGGAUGCAGUAUAUAGGGAAAAUAAAAACGUUGAGGAAACUUCUGCUUAGCAAUACCAAAAUAACCGAUGCUGGGAUGAAUGAACUAAAAGAUUUGAAAGAUUUACAGAUUCUUUAUCUGGACAGAACUUUAGUUACAGAUGUUUGUUCUGAAGUCAUUAAAUGUUUCCAAGGCCUUGUUGAGCUUAGUCUUGCAAGCACAGGCAUAACUAGUCAGUUUUUGUGUAAUGGUGCUCUGAACAGCUGCCACGACUUGUCAAAACUUAACCUGUGUAGGACACUUGUUUCUAACAGAGGAGUAUUGAGCCUGCAAUCUGACAGUCUCACUCUAAUUAACCUGGACGGGACGCGUGUAAAGCCCACUGUAGUAGAGACCCUACAGACUCAGUGUCCAAACCUCCGGAAAGUAACGACCGCCAACAUUAUACCUGUAAACUCUGACGACGAGGGGUGAAGUGUCCCUUUGUAUGAAAUAUCCCUUUAUGAGUGAUCAGGGACGUCAGGGCAGUCAACUCCAACGAUUAAUGAUCAAAAUUCUCUCUUUGAGUGCCCAAGCACAUACAAUCAGUCGGAAGAAUAUAAAAAUUUUCUGAUCACC